AUGCGAAAUUAUCUUAAAGAACGAGGGGAUCAAACAGUGCUUAUUCUUCAUGCAAAGGUUGCACAGAAGUCAUAUGGAAAUGAAAAAAGGUUUUUCUGCCCUCCUCCUUGCGUAUAUCUUAUGGGUAGUGGAUGGAAGAAAAAAAAAGAACAAAUGGAGCGUGAUGGUUGUUCUGAACAAGAAUCUCAACCAUGUGCAUUUAUUGGAAUAGGAAAUAGUGAGCAAGAAAUGCAGCAGCUGAACUUGGAAGGGAAGAACUAUUGCACGGCCAAAACAUUGUACAUAUCUGAUUCCGACAAGCGCAAACACUUCAUGUUGUCUGUGAAGAUGUUCUAUGGCAACAGUGAUGACAUCGGUGUGUUCCUCAGCAAGCGGAUCAAAGUCAUCUCCAAACCUUCCAAAAAGAAGCAGUCACUGAAAAAUGCUGACUUGUGCAUUGCAUCAGGAACAAAGGUGGCUCUGUUCAAUCGACUUCGAUCCCAAACCGUUAGCACCAGAUACUUGCAUGUAGAAGGUGGGAAUUUCCACGCCAGCUCGCAGCAGUGGGGAGCAUUUUACAUUCACCUCUUGGAUGACGAUGAAUCAGAAGGAGAGGAAUUCACAGUGCGCGAUGGUUACAUCCACUACGGGCAGACGGUCAAGCUUGUGUGUUCCGUUACCGGCAUGGCACUCCCGAGAUUGAUAAUUAGGAAAGUUGACAAACAGACCGCCUUAUUGGAUGCAGAUGAUCCUGUCUCACAACUCCAUAAAUGUGCAUUUUACCUUAAGGAUACAGAAAGAAUGUACUUGUGCCUUUCUCAAGAAAGAAUAAUUCAGUUUCAGGCCACUCCAUGCCCAAAGGAACCAAAUAAAGAGAUGAUAAACGAUGGCGCUUCCUGGACAAUCAUUAGUACGGAUAAGGCAGAGUACACGUUUUACGAGGGGAUGGGCCCCGUGCUUGCCCCGGUCACACCUGUGCCUGUCGUAGAAAGUCUUCAGUUGAAUGGCGGUGGGGACGUUGCAAUGCUUGAACUAACGGGACAGAAUUUCACUCCAAAUUUACGAGUGUGGUUUGGUGAUGUAGAAGCUGAAACCAUGUACAGAUGUGGAGAGAGCAUGCUCUGCGUGGUCCCCGACAUUUCUGCAUUCCGAGAAGGUUGGAGAUGGGUCCGGCAGCCAGUCCAAGUUCCAGUAACUUUGGUUCGAAAUGAUGGAAUCAUUUAUUCAACCAGCCUUACCUUUACCUACACCCCAGAACCAGGGCCACGGCCCCACUGUAGUGCUGCAGGGGCCAUCCUUCGAGCCAACUCCAGCAGUGCCCCCGCCAACGAAUCAAACACAAAUAGCGAGGGAAGUUACUCAAACGUCAGCACAAAUGCCACCAAUGUCACAUCGUCGACAGCAACAGUGGUGUCCUAA